AUGGGAUAUUCCAGGCAAGAGUACUGGAGUGGGUUGCCAUCUCCUUCUCCAGGGUAUCUUCCCGACCCAGGGAUCAAACCCAGGUCUCCUGCACUGCAGGCAGACGCUUUACCAUCUGAGCUACCAGGGGAGCCCCAACAGGGGCGGCACCGGGGAGGCCCUACACAAGUGCCUGCACUUCUCCCGUGCUCAUGUCUGUCCCCUGUCCGUCCGUCUCGGGGCUUCUGGGUUUCCCUCUGCAUGUCUCGUUAUCUCUCUGCCUGCCUCCUUGCCAUACCUGUCCUCUCAGAUCUCAGGUAUCACCAUUUCCACCUUUGUGCCUCCUUCCCUGACAAUAAAAUGUGUCCCACUCCCAGGGUGAUUAGCAAACCACUCUGUACCCAGCACGGGUGGAUGCUGAUCAAACUAAAUGCAUACAGGUGA